CAAAUUAUACAUGUCGCGGAAACAUAAUUAAACGUUUAUAAUAUUCUAGAAAGACAGACGUGGUAUAGUAUCUUAGUUAUUGAUGAAAUACUUUUCAUCAGCCUAUAGUUUUAAACGAUACUGAGCACGUGGGUAAGUUAUUUAUAAAGCAAAGUAGUUAGCGGAAGCUGAAAAUAUCACAGCAGCGCGAUGUGUAUUUAAAACUAAUGUAAUACAUUGCGGUUUAAAAUUGUAACUCUUAUUAAAUAAGCUUCUUUUAGCAAGCAUUGAAAAUCGUACAGAGUCAUAAUAUCUUCAUACCAUGUUCAUACGGUUCUGUUAUUGCCAUUUAUCGGUUAAAGUAUUUUAGUUUGUGUUUCAUUAUUGCGAAAGACGCACGCACUGGCAUAGACUAGCGGUGAUCACUGGCCAGUAAUAUAGCCGCUAAAUUAAAAAGUAAACGGCUGCGUACAGAUAAAUGGAUAAUUCGAAUGUAUCUGAAUUUGCGCGGGAAUUACGUGACGAAAUUCAAAUUAAGAAUGGGCAUGUAUCAAUUAAUGGCUGUGUAAAUUGUCAUGACGGAGAAAAUAUUUCUAAAAAAGUGGCAGCAAAGGUACAGAAAGCCCGGAGUUUUAUGGAAAUGUCUGUGAGUAGUUCAGUGAACAGUUUGGGGGGCAAUGAGAGAAGGGUUUUUGUAAUUUAUACGGGUGGAACUAUCGGCAUGGUCAAGAACGUCGAUGGAGUAUUAAUUCCACAACGAGGUGCAUUCGAAAAUUCGAUUAGAGCGUAUCCACAACUUCAUGACGCUGCACAAUGGAGACAGAACCUAAGUAGGCCCGGGUUUGACAGUUCCUUUCUUGUUUUACCAGAUGCCAAAGACUUAGAUUUGAAAAUAGUUUACAAAAUACAUGAAUAUGAAACUCUAUUAGACUCGUCAAACAUGACAGAAGUUGAGUGGGUGAAGAUAGCUGAAGAUAUAAUGGAGCAAUAUGAGAAGUACGAUGGUUUCGUAGUAUUACACGGUACGGACACGCUGUCGUACACUGCGUCCGCUCUCUCGUUCAUGUUUGAGAACAUAGGCAAGGGGAUAGUGUUGACUGGAUCACAGAUACCAAUAUUUGAGCCCCGAAGCGACGGUGCGGACAAUUUCGUGUCAGCCCUGUUAAUCGCUGGUGGACUAAAUAUACCAGAAGUGACCAUUUUCUUUGGCAGCAAACUCUUUAGAGGCAACAGAACUCGCAAGAUAUCAGCUCACAAUCUAUACGCUUUCGAUUCACCGAACUGCGUGCCUCUGGUCGAAGUGGGUUUAUCAUUCGAAGUGAACAAGAAGGCCAUAUUCAAACCAACAGUCAUACAGAAAUGUCGACUGCACGCAAAAAUGUCGAAGAAUGUCGGCAUGCUGCUUAUAUUCCCUAGCAUCAGCUGUUCUGUGGUUAAAGCAUUCUUUCAACCGCCUAUUGAAGGGGUGGUACUAUCAACGUACGGAGCUGGCAAUAUACCUUCAAACCGGCAAGAUAUAUUUAACGAAAUAGCAGACGCUGUCCGCAGAGGCGUUAUAGUGGUCAACAUCACGCAGUGUACGUCGGGCUCCGUGUCAGCAUUGUACGAGACUGGGAGAUUAAUAUCACAAUGCGGCGUGGUGUCCGGUUACGAUAUGACCCCGGAGGCGGCGCUCACUAAACUGUCCUACGUACUGUCCAAGACCGAGCUCAGUUACCAGGAGAAAGUCGAGAUGAUGGCCACGAAUAUAAGAGGCGAAUUGACGAAUACCACAUCUAUCGCAAUAGAGGACAAUACCCUAAUAGACGCACUUGCCUCCAGCCUGAACAUACAAUCGCCGAAGAUGCUGAUAGAGGUGACGGAGAAGGUGUUCAACGCGUUACUGGUGCACGCGAUCGAGCACAGUGACGAGAGGGCAGUCAGGAAGACCUUGGACAUGGGCGCGGACAUUUCUGGUCAGAAUUCUGAAGGCAGGACCCCGCUUAUAGAGGCCGUACAUAAAGGGAACAAGGCGGUUGUGGAGUUUCUACUGAAAAAUGGAGCGAAUGUCCAUUUAAAAACCAGAUGUGGAGAAUCUGCUCUCUUGACUGCGAUACAACGAAACGACAUAUUCAUGAUAGAAUUGCUGAUGAAAUGUGGUGCUCAUCUGUCCACUACUGAUGAUAAGUCAAUCUGCGAGAUGCUUUCGUUAGCAGCUAGAAGCGGUUCGAUCAGGCGAUUAGAAUCGUUACGAGUGGCCGGCGCUGAUUUCAAUUUAACUGAUGAGCUAAAACAAACUCCUCUACACAAGGCGGUGCUCUGUACAAACGUGGACGUAGUAAGAUAUUUAGUAGAGAACGGUGCGGAGAGGGAACUUGUGGACGUACUCAACUGUACGCCCCUCGACUACGCUGUGAAACUUAACUGCCAGGAUAUUAUUGAUUUAUUAAAAUAGGAUUUAUGUAUAUAGUGUGAUUAAAAUUACAUAAAAUAAGGAAAUAAAAAAUG